UACAAUCGUUGUGUAAGGACUUUAUUGACUGUAUGAUAUCUGAUACACUAACGCAAUAGCGAAUUUCAGUUCACACAAUUUUUCUCAUCGAAAGAGCUUAUAAUUCAUGUAUAAUGUCGAAUUUACAAACUGAAAAAUCAGCUUAUACAGGAUUAGAAUCACCGGUCGAUGUUAAUGUUGAUAUUCACAAGCAAAAGUGUAAAGAUCACACUGAUGAAAACCAGUCGUUUUAUUGCGAGAAACAUUAUGUAUGUAUUUGUGGUCGUUGUGUUUUUUCAAAUCACUUUUCUUGUUUGGAGACGGUGGUUGAUUUAAACAAUGUCCAGCACGACGAAGAACACGCGAAUAAGAGUGUUUCUACAUUGCAAGUAUUGGACCAAGAAAUGGACCACAUUAUGGCCGAAAUAGACGAAAACAGACAAAUAAAUGAUACAUGUAGAUCAAACUAUGCAAAAGACAUACAUGAAUUUCACGAAGCAUUAGUCCAGCAACUGAAAAUGUUGAUGAUAAAAGCAGAAAAAGAAAGUGAUAACUUACACAAACAAAAUACAGACGUACUUGAUGAAACGGCACUUAAAUGUAAUGAACAUAAACAAGUUUUACGGCAGCAAAUACAAUAUUUAGAUGAGUUAGAACAUAAAAAGCAUUAUAAGCAUUUAUUCGUUGCACUUCAGGGAAUGGAGAAAAAUAUUAAUUCAUUUAAAGAUAAAAACGUUAGAUUUAGACAUGAAAAUCAUAUUUAUCAAUAUGAAUUUGUUCGCAACUUCAAGAUUGAUAAACUAAUCAAGGAAGAUCAACAUAUUGGAAAACUUAAAAUUGAAUGCGAUGGGAGUGAAGAGGUAAUUGAAAUCACCGAGGAGAAGGUGGCGGGCGUUGCUGAUAAAGGAAUGCGAGAUGAGAAAAAUGAAGAGAAAAUACCAGAUGAAAAAGAAAAUGCAAAGAGUUAUCCUUUAGAACAUGAAAACUUUGAAGGGUUACAGCGCGAUUAUGGUGAAAAAUUGGAGCGUAUUAAAGAGUUAGAAGAAUCUAUUCGAAAACGAGAAGAGGUGCACAGACACAAAGAGAUUCAGUUUGAUGAGCAGCUGAAAGAAAAAGAUAUGACAAUUUCCAAACUAAAAAAAGCAUUAAUGUUGAAGAAGAGAAAUGCCACAGUUUGAAACGGGAAUAUGAACAGAAAAUUAAAAAACUAAAAGAAUUUGCUGAACGGAAGAUUACACAACAACAUG